UCGAUGGUAGUCAGUCGCUGUGACGUCACAUUUACGCGUCGUUGUUGUCGCCGUGCAGCAGCGUUUGCGGUUCGCAUCAUGGUGGCGUUUCCGAGUUCACUGACGGAGGAAGAAGAGGCCCUGCAAAAGAAAUAUGCAAAACUGAAGAAAAAGAAAAAGGCACUGCUCGCCUUGAAGAAGCAAAGUUCCACCAACCAGACAAACCAGAGUGGCUUGAAACGAACAUUGUCAGACCAGCCCGUCGUUGAUACUGCAACAGCGACAGAACAAGCAAAGAGGCUCAUCAAGUCAGGAGCCAUCAGCGCCAUCAAAUCAGAGAACAAGAACUCUGGCUUCAAACGCUCUCGCAUGCUGGAGAUUAAACUCAAGGACCCUGAGAAAGGCCAAGUUCCUGCUUUCUUACCAUUCCAGAGGAGUUUCUCUGUAGAUGAAGAGCCACCUGAGGCUGGGAAGAGAUCCCAAAGGAAAUCUCUGUACGAGAGCUUUGUCAGUUCAAAAGACCGAUACCGGGAUGAAGAAGAGGGAGGCGGCAGUUCAGCCAGCCGCGAUGUGGAUAGAGACAGAGACAGAGAUAGAGACAGAGACAGAGAGAGAGAGCGAGACCGCGAAAGAGAACUGGACAAAGAGCGAGACAAAGAAAAAGAGCGAGUCAAAGACAAAGGAAAAGAGAAAGACAUAGAAAUAGACAUAGACAAAGACAAAGACAAGGACACCGUCUCAGACAAGGAGAAGGAGAAGGAGAGGGAGAGAGAGAGGGAUAGGGAGAGGGAUAGGGAGAGGGAGAGGGAGAGGGAGAGGGAGAGGGAUAGGGAGAGGGAUGGAGACAGAGACAGAGACAGAGAUGGGGACAGGGACAGAGAUCGAGAAAGAGACAGAAGCAGAGAUAGGGACCGAGAGAGAGAGAGAGAUGGACCAUUUAGACGGUCAGACUCGUACCCAGAGCGGAGAGGAGUGCGGAAGGGGAACACGGUGUAUGUUUACGGCUCUGGGCUCGUCGAGGACAGCCUGCGUGCCGCUUUCUCUCAACAAGGAAACAUCAUCGACCUCUCCAUGGACAACCCACGCAAUUGUGCAUUUAUCACAUUUGAGAAGAUGGAGUCUGCAGACCAGGCUGUAGCAGAGUUGAACGGAAGCACGGUUGGAGACGUUCACAUCAAAGUCAGCAUCGCCAGGAAGCAGCCCAUGCUGGACGCUGCCACCGGCAAAUCAGUGUGGGCUUCAUUGGCGGUGCAGAACAGCACUAAAGGCUCCUACAGGGACAAGAGGAACCAGGUCGUGUACAGUGAGGAUUUCCUCUGAUGAAGAUUUGAUGAAGAAAAGAUUUGUUUUUGUAUUUUGGCACAUUUGUUUUAACAAACUGUUUCUGAGUUGUUUAUGGUGCUAGUUGUCGGGUGAAUACAAAUCAUCUGUAGCCUGUUGGAGAAUAAAAAGUGUAUUUCACAUGA